AUGGCGAAUAAGGCCACCGAGCUGGAGGCCACCGAGCAGGAGGCCGCGCCGUCGCAGCCCCAGCAGGACUACCAGUACCAGCAGUACCAGGAGCAGCAGCAGGCCCAGGAGGCGCGCCACUUCAGCAGGCUGGCCGACGACAACUACGAGGACGAGCAGGACAUCGUGUACGACUUCUCGUACGAGGUGAAGGACCCCAACACGGGCAACGACUUCGGGCACCGCCAGAGCCGGUCCGGGGGCCAGACGCAGGGCCAGUACCGCGUGCUGCUGCCUGACGGGCGCAUGCAGGUGGUGGACUACGUGUCGGACCGCGACGGCUUUCGGCCCAACAUCCGCUACGAGGACGUCGGCGUGCCCGUGUUCGCCGGCACCGAGAACCACGAGCAGUUCGCGGACGGCACCAACCACUUCGAGCAGGAGCACGGGCCGGGCUCGGGCAGCGCAUCCGCGCCACUGGCAGAGGGCUCGGCGCAGGGCCCCAGCCCCGACGAGGUGCGGCGGCGGCGGAGGAGGAGGGCCGUGGCACCUCUCGCUGCCCCCAGACCCCACGCCCAGCCCCACGGCCAGCACGCCGGCAAGCAGCGCCAACGAUGAGCAGCAACAACCACCCCACCGACCAUAGGACCACCAAACGGCAAUGCGCGGGCAA